UAUGAAGGGAUUUUGCGACCUUCUAAAAAUGUCUGUGGAGGACUUCAGUCACCUUCUGGACAGAGUAACACCUAUCAUCCAGCAGCAGGACACCCAUCUAAGAAAGGCCAUUAGCCCAAAGGACAGGCUCUCUGUGACAUUACGGCUCCUGGCUACAGGUGAAACAUUCAACUCAUUGAGUUUCCAAUAUCGGAUUGGAAGCACAACUCUGAGCAGGAUUGUUAUGGAGACCUGUGUAGCCCUAACUUCUGUGCUACGCGAGGAUUUCCUGAAGACACCAAGAACUGAGCCAGAGUGGAAAGCCAUUGCCAAAGAGUUCCAUGACAAGUGGCAGUUUCCACACUGCCUGGGUGCAGUAGACGGGAAACACAUUUUCAUUCAACCUCCUGCCAACAGUGGAAGCAUGUAUUACAACUACAAGUCCCGGUUUUCCAUCAUACUCAUGGCUGUAGUUGAUGCAAAUUAUAAGUUUGUUUAUGCAAGUGCAGGAACCCAGGGCAGAGUGUCAGACACUGGCGUGUUUGCACAAUCAGACUUGAGAGCUGCAAUGGACAAAGGCCUACUUCAUGUCCCCCUUGAUGACACACUGCCCAACACUGAUAUCUUGAUGCCCUACAUGUUCAUUGGAGAUGAGGCCUAUCCACUCAGAGCAGACCUCAUGAAGCCUUACCCCUUCCGAAACCUGAACAGGAGUCAGAUGCUCUUCAAUUACCAUCUGUCUCGGGCUCAACGAGUAGUGGAAAAUGCCUUUGGAAUAUUAGCCAAUUGCUUCAGAGUUUUCAGAACAACUAUUUCCCUGGAUCCAGUCAAGGUCAUGAACAUCAUCUUUGCAUGUCUGUGCCUGCAUAACUUCUUACGUGACAGAAGAUCUGAUGCCUACUUGCCACCUGCCUAUGUGGAUUCAGAAGAUGCCAACCAUCAGCUGAUUGAAGGUGCAUGGAGGAGAGAGGGCAUACUACAGCCUGCACCAGUGGGGAGAGCAAGAAAUCCCUCUGUUGAAGCGAAGAGGCAACGAGACAGACUAUGCCAAUACUUUGUGUCACCUGCAGGAAGUGUUUCAUGGCAGGAGGGCAUGGUGUAGGCUUAAAAUCAGAGAUGCAGGAAGUAGGGGUGCUGAGGGGGCUGUAGCACCCCUACUGGCUGUAGCUGCAAGGCAAAACUGUUUACUAAACAAAUCGAUAUAAAAACAUUUAUUUUUUGAGUGUAGCAUUUUAGCAUAAGCUGGCUGAGAAACAUGGUUACGUGUUAAACGGUUGAAAUCCACCCUUUGUUAUUUUUUAUAUUUCAUUUCAUUUCAUUUCAGAACAUCCAUUGUAUUUUCUGUGUAUCUGAUGCAUAAACGCAGACAGGUUAGAUGUGUAGCUUGUUAUCUGUCUCUCAAUUUACGGCCUCACUGGUUACAGGACAUAUGAAUGUAUUAUUUCAUUUAGUAAAUGUAUUUCUUGUUUCUGUCACAGAUCUGUAGUGUGACAUGCUUUGAAUAAGAGCAAGCAAUGAUCAUGUCAACUCAUUUGGCAAUGGCUUGAAUGUAGCGAACAUUGCUUGACAUUAAUUUAAUAUGUAAUAGUUAUUGCACUAUAACUUUUAA